UUGGCACAGCACCAGAGAACUCACACAGGAGAGAAACCCUUCAAGUGCACUCUGUGUGAGAAGGCAUUUGCACAUUCAUCAAAUCUUCAAAAACACCAGAGAACACACACAGAAGAGAAACCUUUCAAGUGCACUGUCUGGGAGAAGGCAUUUGCAAAGUCAUCAGUUCUUCAGACCCACCAGAGAACACACACAGUAGAGAAACCCUACAAGUGCAGUGUGUGUGAGAGGGCAUUUGCACAGUCAUCAAAUCUUCAAAAACACCAGAGAACACACACAGAAAAUAAACCUUUCAAGUGCACUGUCUGUGAGAAGGCAUUUGCCAAGCCAUCAGUUCUUCAGAGCCACCAGAGAACACACACAGGAGAGAAACCCUUCAAGUGCAGUGUGUGUGAGAGGGCAUUUGCACAGUCAUCAGUUCUUAGGAGCCACCACAGAACACACACAGGAGCUAAACCUUUCAAGUGCACUGUCUGUGAGAAGGCAUUUGCCAAGCCAUCGCUUCUUCACGACCACCAGAGAACACACACGGGAGAGAAACCCUUCAAGUGCAUUGUUUGUGAGAAGGCAUUUGCAAAGUCAGCAGUUCUUCAGAGACACCAGACAACACACACAGGAGAGAAACCCUUCAAGUGCAUUGUGUGCGGGAAGGCGUUUACACGGUCAACACAUCUUAAAAAACACCAGAGAACGCACAAAGGAGAGAAACCCUUCAAGUGCACUGUCUGUGAGAAGGCAUUUGCCAAGCCAUCAGUUCUUCAGAGCCACCAGAGAACACACACAGGAGAGAAACCCUUCAAGUGCACUGUGUGUGAUAAGGCAUUUGCAGAGUCAUCACGUCUUAAAAAACACCAGAGAACACACACAGGAGAGAAACCCUUCAAGUGCACUGUCUGUGAGAAGGCAUUUGCCAAGCCAUCAGUUCUUCAGAGCCACCAGAGAACACACACAGGAGAGAAACCCUUCAAGUGCACUGUGUGUGAGAAGGCAUUUGCACAGUCAUCAGUUCUUCAGAGCCACCAGAAAACACACACAGGAGAGAAACCCUUCAAGUGUACUGUGUGUGAGAAGGCAUUUGCACAGUCAUCAAUUCUUCGCAACCACCAGAGAAGGCACACAGGAGAGAAACCCUUCAAGUGCACUGUGUGUGGAAGCGCAUUUGCACGGUCAUCAACUCUUCACAACCACCAGAGAACACACACAGGAGAUAAACCGUUCAAGUGCACUCUGUGCGGGAAGGCGUUUGCACAGUCACCACAGCUUCAUAAACACCAGAGGACACACAGAACUCAAACAGGAGAGAAACCCUUCAAGUGCACUGUGUGUGAGAAGGCAUUUGCAUGGUCAUCAGUUCUUCAAAAACACUGGAGAACACACACAGGAGAGAAACCCUUCAAGUGCACUGUGUGUGAGAAGGCAUUUUCAGAUUCAUCCACCCUUAAUAGACACCAGAGAACACACACGGGAGAGAAACCGUUCAAAUGCACUGUCUGUGAGAAGGCAUUUGCAGAGUCAUCAUUUCUGCAGAUCCACCAGAGAACACACACAGGAGAGAAACCCUUCAAGUGCAGUGUGUGUGAGAAGGCAUUUGCACAGUCACCACAUCUUCAAAAACACCAGAGAACACACACAGGAGAGAAACCUUUCACGUGCACCCUUUGUGGGAAGCCCUUUGCAGAGUCAUCAAAUCUUAAAGAACACCAGAGAAGACACACUGGAGAGAAACCUUUCAAGUGCACUCUCUGUGAGAAGGCAUUUGCAUUGUCAUCAGAUUUAGAAAAACACCAAAGAACACACACAGGAGAAAAACCCUUCAGGUGUAGUGUGUGUGGGAAGGCAUUUUCAUAUCCAUCUGUCCUUAAAACACACCAGAAAAUACACACGGGAGAGAAACCGUUCAAAUGCACUGUCUGUGAGAAGGCAUUUGCAGAGUCAUCAUUUCUGCAGAUCCACCAGAGAACACACACAGGAGAGAAACCCUUCAAGUGCAGUGUGUGUGAGAAGGCAUUUGCACAGUCACCACAUCUUCAAAAACACCAGAGAACACACACAGGAGAGAAACCUUUCAAGUGCACUGUGUGUGGGAAGGAAUUUUUAGGUUCAUCACCUCUUAAAAGACACCAGAGAACACACAGGCAUCAGGAGAUCCCCAAGGAGUCCAGUCUGAAAUCGACUUGUGAAAGUCAAAGUGCUACAAUGAGCCCAUCUCUCCUGAAAAUAGAACCAGAAGUCAAUUCCAGCUUGGACACUAUGAAAUGUAGCAAGGAGAAAUUUGAAGAGGCGAAGGUGAAAUGUGAAGAGGCGACAGUGAAGAGCGAAGAAGCGAAGGUAAAAUGUGAAGAAGUGAUGAAGAGCGAAGAAGUGAAGGUAAAAUGUGAAGAAGAUUCAACUCCAAAAUCGGGGGGGAGGAGGGAGAUUUGGGGUGAGAGUCCUUCUGGAGCGGCGGGAGAGACCAGCCGUCUUCAGCGUCCGUGCGACGCCUGCAGGGUGGAGCUGAAAGCGAUCAAUCAGAAAAAAGUUCCCAAGGCGAGCAUCUUCUCCAGCCCCAUCCGGCAGCUGGAGAGAGCGAUGGGAUAG